AGCCAACCCCGUGGGAUGGGAACAGUAGGGUUUGUGACGCAGCGAUGAUUGACACCACGUAACAAUGCGCAGGGGAGCCCCGACCUAGGGCUCUCCACUCCCACCGGAAAAGCCCUUGGAGGCUGCAGUGGCUGGGAUGGCGUACUUGUGCGAGUGUCAUCUUUGGCUGGAGAAAAGCUUCAUCUUGGAUGGGGUCGCCGUGAGCUCCAUGGCCCGCACCUAUGAGCACUUGAGGCCUAAGCUCUGGUCUGCGAUUCCGCCCUACAACGCGCAGCAGGACCACCACGCCCGCCGGUACUUCCAGAGUCCCGUGGUUCCGCCUGUUUUACGGAAAACUGAUCAGGAUCAUGGUGGUACAGGAAGGGACGGCAGGAUAGUGGAUAAUAUCCACAGCUUCGGGCAGGGACAGAGAUACCUCAACAGGAGAAACUGGGCAGGGACAGGGCAUUCCCUCCAGCAGGUGACUGGGCAUGAUCACUACAAUGCUGAUCUCAAAAUGAUCAAGGGGUUCAAUGGUCGGUUUGGCUAUCGCAGGAACACCCCUGCCCUCCGCCCGCCAUCUGUCUUUGGAGAAGUCACCCGAUUCCGUCUCUUCUAA